CUUGUCUGUGAAUUAGCUGAGUUUUGUUUCAUUUUUGGCAGCGUUGACGUAUUCAAAAGGUGAUUUUUCCACGACGUGUGUGUCCACUCACUAAUGACUUGUUUCAUUCUUCAUGUGUCUGUUCCGUUUCACCCACCGGGGUCUCCAAACGCACCGCGACCUGCUGCUGUCUUCCUCACUUGGGAAUGUGAAAUGCGUGAUUUACCAUGACAACUGAAUCAGGCGCAGACUCUGAGGCCAAGCAGCCGCAGGAGAACAAGGAGAACGAGAAGGGGAAAGCUGCAGAACCCACAUCGCCCCAGAACCAGCCGGAGCAGCUUCCUGCCGCCGCUGGACACAGCACCCCGGCCAGGAAAGAACAGGAGCAGCAGGAGGACGACAUAUCCCACCAGUCAUCCACCAGUCGUCUGUCAAGGUCUCCUUUGAGAGGAGUGAAGAAGGUGAAGAUCAUGCAGUGUAAAGUCACCCUGCUGGACGGCUCCGACUUCUCACUCAAUGUAGAGAAGCGAGCCAAGGGUCAAAUGCUCUUUGACAAAGUAUGUGAACACCUCAAUCUACUGGAGAAGGACUACUUCGGCAUCACAUACAGAGAUGUAGAGAACCAGAAGAAUUGGCUCGACCCAUCCAAGGAGCUGAAGAAGCAGAUCAGGACCGGUCCCUGGAACUUUGCUUUCAACGUCAAGUUUUACCCCCCAGACCCCGCCCAGCUGACUGAGGACAUCACAAGGUACUACCUGUGUCUGCAGCUGAGAGAUGACGUGGUUUCAGGCCGUCUGCCCUGUUCCUUUGCCACCCACACAGUUCUUGGCUCCUACACAGUGCAGUCUGAACUGGGAGACUACGACCCCGAGGAACUGGGCAGCGACUACAUCAGCGAACUGCGCUUCGCACCCAACCAGACCAAAGAACUAGAGGAGAAGGUCAUGGAACUCCACAAGACCUACAAGGGGAUGACACCAGCUGAAGCAGAGAUUCACUUUCUGGAAAAUGCCAAGAAGCUGUCCAUGUACGGUGUGGACCUCCACCACGCUAAGGACUCUGAGGGUGUAGAGAUCAUGUUGGGAGUUUGUGCAAGUGGUCUACUCAUCUACAGAGACAGGUUGCGGAUCAACAGGUUUGCUUGGCCCAAAAUCCUUAAGAUCUCCUACAAGAGGAACAACUUCUAUAUCAAAAUCCGGCCUGGCGAGUUUGAGCAGUUUGAAAGCACAAUCGGUUUCAAGCUUCCAAAUCAUCGUGCUGCCAAAAGGCUGUGGAAGGUCUGUGUGGAGCAUCACACCUUCUUCAGGCUCGUAUCCCCCGAGGUGCCGCCGAAGAAGUUCCUGAGCCUCGGCUCCAAGUUUCGCUACAGCGGCAGAACGCAGGCUCAGACCCGCAGGGCCAGCUCUCAGAUCAUCAGACCUGCUCCGUUUUUCGAGCGCUCCUCCAGCAAACGCUACAACAUGUCCCGCAGCUUAGACGGAGCACCUAUCAUGGAGAACCAUGAGACUCUCAUGAAGGACAGUACUGCUGACGGAGCAGCCAAAGUCAUCGCCAAGGGGGACAUUAUCACCACGGUAACGACAGAGAAGAAAGCAGAGGAAGAGAAGGCGGAGCAGGAGGACGCUCAGGUGGAGACGCCAGAACCUGCAACGCCGCUCAGACAAGACACAAAGUGCUCCCCUCGUGUACACACAAUCGACCCCCUCCGCAAUGAGCUCUCGCUCCCCUCAUCUCCUGUUACAUCGACCAAAGUACGGCGGAGGCGCAGGGAGAACGCGCGUAAACGGGCCUCGUCAGUCAGUCCAGCCAAGAGCAGCCCUGGGCGCCGCCGUCGGCAAGCCCUCGCCGAUCGCAAGGCGGCCUUGCUGGAUGAGCAAGCGCUGCUGCUCUCGGCCCGCAAGCAGAGGCUCGAGCAGGGCAAGAGGCGUGGCGGCACGCUCUUCUCCUUCUCCCUGCACCUGCCCGACCUGUCCGCCUUCCUGGACGAUGACGGCUACAUUACUUUCCCUGAUCUGUCCGAGAUGCGCUUCCUCCCUGAGUGCGCUCAGAACUUCCUGCCCAUUAAGUCCCCAUCGCUCAUCCCAUGCUUCCUCUUCAUCUUCUUCUUCCUGCUCUCCACCUCUUUCUCCGUCCCUUACGCCCUCACCCUCUCCUUCCCCCUGGCGCUGUGCCUCUGCUACCUGGAGCCCAAGGCAGCCUCCCUGACCGCCUCCAUAGCCCAGGGCUACCAUGACCAUGACAGUUCAGAGGAAGAGGAGACUGACAGCGAACAAACUGACUUUGCCUUUGAUGGAGAGAUGACCGCCACAGAGUCGGAAGCGGAUGACGACUCUGAGAUGCGGACUCAGUAUAGUUUCAUAAGACGAGUAAAAGGGGAAAACGUUUUUAUCAAGCAUAGUAAUCUGAUGCUAGAGGACACCGCGUCUCCGGCAGAGAUGGUCAAGCACCAGACCAACAUCAGCGAACUGAAACGCUCCUUCCUGGAGACGGGCAGCAGCACGCCGGGCCUGACUGAAUGGGAGAAGAGGCUUUCAUCCUCCCCCGCACGCUCGCCCAGAGCAGAUGACGCGCCGAUGAUAGAGCCGCUGGAGCCGCAGGAUAUUGAGGAGCCUGCGGGAGAAGAAACGGACAAGGUGGUGGAACCAAAAGCCACUGAGGCGGCAGGAUAUCUGGUGAAAUAUGUGGUGGAUAGCAUUGGAACAGAUUUGGCCUCCUCCUCGGGGCCACACGGGAUUAGUCUGUCAACCACUAUGGACGACGACGUCUUCAUGGACGGGACCCUCAGGGAGGUGGAGGAGAAGACACCCGACUCCCAGGAGGAUGUGUCGGAGAGGUCGGUGUUGAAGGUCAGCCCCGGAGCUGUCAGACAGGAGGUGUCCCAGGCCAUCAGUGACAAGAAAGGGACUCUCAUUAUCUUGAAGGAGCCAGAUGAUAGAGAAGAGGGCACAGAGACAAGUGCUGUGGGUGAAAAAGAGGAGCCUGUAGUCCCCGAAGAGGCUGGAGGAGCUGAAAAGAAUGAAAUGUCUCCCUCUAAAGAGAAAGAAAGUAUUACAGAUGACACUUCAGUUGUUACAGAAGCCAAAACUGAAGCAGUCAAGACUCUGAAGAUGGAGAUAAAAACUGAUGACAUGACUCAGAUGAAAGGGAUUGACUCGCCUAAAAAGGCCAUGGCAUCAUGGAUUUCUGAGGAGGUGAAGACAGAGACUUCAGAGAUCAAUAACAUGUUGACAAAGGAAGUGAAAGAGAUGAAGACUUCUGACGCUCUGCAGCAGAAAACCGAAAUCUUCACCUUUGAAGAGGCACAGAAGUCCAACCUGACUCAAAUCACAGUGUCUGAAGUUUCAACUACAUCCUUAGCAGUGUCUACGCUGGGAUGGGUUCCCUCCUCCGAAAAGGCACCAGCCGAACUGGAGGAGAAAGCGGCGGUUGCCACAGAGACGGAGGCAGCGCCAGCCAAGUCAACAGGGCCAACGAGUCUUGAUGCCGGCGACGCGAGUACCAAAGAGACGCCUGUGAUCCACACAGAGACAAAAACCAUCACCUAUGAGUCUGCAGAAGUUGACACUAAUGGUGACAUUGACCCCGGAGUGCUGCUGAGCGCUCAGACCAUCACCUCUGAAACCACCAGCACCACCACGACCACACACAUCACAAAGACGGUAAAAGGAGGAAUAUCAGAGACGAGAAUCGAGAAACGGAUCGUCAUCACAGGAGAUGCAGACAUCGAUCACGACGAGGCUCUUGCUCAGGCCAUAAAGGAGGCUAAAGAACAGCAUCCUGACAUGUCAGUGACCAAAGUAGUGGUACAUAAAGAGACAGAGAUCACGCCAGAGGAGGGGGAGGACUGACCCAGGAGUAACAACUGAGGGCUGUUUUCUGUUCAACCUCCCAGAACCCAACAACAUCCAGAACUCUACAUAUUCCUCCGGGACUCUCAGAAGACUAGAAAAAGGCUCCUUACUCUCCAAAUGCUGCAGCUCACCGCUAGUCGCAAAAAAAAAAAAAACAUCCCCUGCAAAACAAAUAAAUGCAUUUUGCAUGAGAAGGACGCAAUGUUGCAUUAUCAUACAAGAACAGCAAAGAUUAUACUGAAAACUGUACGAUUUUACAAGCGGUUCUCGAUCUCAUCUGCACGCCGAAUCCCCCGUGUGCAGCAAGCAGACCUGUUGCUUUCACUGCCUUAUUAUGACUUUGAUGCAUUUUUAUGAUUCUUGAGAAUAAUUAUUGUAGCAACGUUUUAUUUAUGAAAUAAAGCCAUCACUCCAGACACCUAAAUCGCUGUAGGCUGUAUAUGUUAGGGAGCAUACACUAUUUAACCUUGCUGUAGAAGUGCCAACCCUCAUUUGCCUCGUCACUCCAACAAAGCCGAUGAUUCUCUGUCAGGUGUGCCACUACAGAAGUCACUACAGCCCUGUUCUGUACAUAUCGGAGCUUUCCUAGGACAAUAGCAAAUUAUCUUCCACGGUUGAUUUUUUUUGUCGUGUCUACUUGAAUUGCAUUUUUCCUUUUUAUGAUCAUUAUUCAGUAUUUUAUCGUUCCUCAUCGAUUGAUUCAACCACUUCAACACUUUUACGAGGGCAAACGUUGCCAAGGAAUCAAGAUUUCUGUGCGAGAAGAAGUAGAUUUUAAUGUGCCUGUGCAGGCUUUGAAUGUCUCCCAAGGGUAGAUGAUCGGCAGUCCCAGGUUUGUGUGACUGUGAGGCAAAGGGCUCAGACUGCCGAGCUCUGCCCGAUUUACAUGCAAAGCCAAGAGAGAUCUGUCAAACCCCCCCGCCACCACCCACACUACUACCACCACCCUCCUCACCCUAAACACGUCACCUGUACUUCCCCCAUCUGUUCAUCUGUAUCUGAAUAACCAAUUCCUGAUCGUGUACAGCCAUGUUGUUCCUCAGACUGGUGAAAUAAAAGUGGCAUAUGCAUUUGUUUUUAAUUUGCUGUUUUCUUCUCAAAUAAUAAAAAUGUUGAACACAGCGCAAAAA